AUGGCUACUGUCUUGUUGUCACAACAUUCCUCCAAUCCACUCGAAGUAGGCUCCUCCGACUCUCGCAAUAAGGCCUAUCUUCGACAGUUGAAACGCGCUAAGAAGGCUGUCGGCGACGAGCCCACCUCCGACGAUCCCCUCAACGACUACAAUGUUCCCGAAAUGGAGCAGUACCACUCCCAUAUAUCCAGGCUAUACCCAAACGCGUCUCUUCUCCGCCACUCGAAGCCUUCCACUCCCGCCGCCCCCGCCCCCGCUCCCUCUCACCCAGACCUCGACAAAGACAUGAGUGACGACGAGUUUGCCGACGAGAUGUUCCAGGACGAAGAGCACGACAUGGAUGGGCACGAAGCAGAGGAUGAAGCGCAGGACGGCGACGAGGAGGACGAGGGCGAGGACGAUGAGGAUGAUGAUGAAGAAGAGGAACAGGACGACGACGACGACGACGCGGACGCGCAGGGCGAGACGGACGAGGAGAUGACUAUAUUCCUCAAGCCCGCGGACGAGCAGGACGAGAUCGAGGAGGAGAUCGCGGACCUCGAGGCCGCCGUGCCACAGCUCACGCCGGACUACAAGGUCGUCGACCGCCUCGGGACGGGCACCUUCUCCUCCGUGUACAAGGCGAUUGACCUCGGUUACCACAACAAGUGGGACAACUCCCCGUGGCACGGCUUCCACGCGCCCGCGUCCUCCGCGCACUACCAGUCCGUCCCGCACCCGCCAGAGAGCAAAGUAUUUGUUGCGGUGAAGCGCAUAUAUGUCACGAGUGGUCCCGAGCGGAUACGGAAUGAAAUUUCUAUCAUGGAAGACUGCAGAGGCUGUAGACACGUAUCACAACUCAUUACGGCGUUCCGGGAGCGCGACCAAGUCGUCGCAAUCAUGCCGUACCACCGCAACGAAGACUUCCGGGAUUACUACCACUUCCUGCCAAUGGAGGGGAUAAAGGCGUAUUUCCGCUGCAUGUUUCGCGCUCUGCGCGAUAUCCACUCUCGGGGGAUCAUCCACCGAGACGUGAAGCCAGCCAACUUCCUCUUCGACCCCCGCACAGGUACCGGCACGCUCUGCGACUUCGGGCUCGCAUGCCGCAUGGAACGCGGGCCGACACUUGGUGCGUGCCUGCACACCGCGCCGAGUCGCGAGCACCCGCAUGGUCGCGUCCGCCAGCGGGAGGAGUACGACAUCGAGUAUAUCAAACGCAUGCAGAAGGAAGGCCGGAUGAAGAGCGCGAUGGCCUCUGACAAAGUUGGGUACCCGGAGAAGGAUAAUCGGCCACACUCGAAGGCAAAUCGCGCGGGAACGCGCGGCUUUCGUGCCCCCGAGGUAUUGUUCAAGUGUGGGGAACAAUCGGGCGCUAUCGACGUCUGGUCCGCCGGCACGAUCCUCCUGUUCUUUCUCACUGGGAAGUUCCCGCUCUUUCACUCGAACGACGACAUCGAAGCGCUGAUGGAAAUCGCGACGAUUAUUGGAAAGAGGCGCAUGGAGAAAGUUGCAACGCUGCACAGCCGUGUCUUCCAGUCGAACGUACCCUCAAUCACGCAAGACGGCAUCAGCUGGCACGACUUCGUCCUGCACCAAAACCCCGAACUGCACGAGCCCCCGACCCCUGACUCGCGUUUCUACCCCUACACCACCAGCGAGCACGCGCACUCCGGCAGGCCCCCAACUUCCUCCUCUUCCCCCCCACGCCACUCUUCGCGAUCCUCCACACCCGGCGUGCGCGCGCCCACAGCGGAGGCGCACGCCGCAGACGUCGACGCCGCGCUCGACCUCGCCGCACAGCUGCUCGAGCCCGAGGCGACGCGCCGCCUCACACCGCGCCGCGCGCUCGCACACCCGUUCCUGCGCGCGCCGGACGCGCCCGGGGACGACGAGUUCUUCCCGCAUCCGUUCGGUGAGGGCGUCUGCGGUCAGUGGCACUUCGUCGACGAGGUCACGGAUGAGCUGUGUGUCCGUGUGCGCGUGCCUGACGAGGAGAUGGAGGUUCGGAGGGUGGUCGCUGGGGAAGCCAUCGCGAUCGGGCGGCAGCCGUGCGAGUUUCAUCGUGCUGAAGAUGGUUAUGAAUAUUCAUGA